AUGGAUGGAACGCGCAGGCCCAAUUCAGGCAAUUUCUAUGAGAUUCCGGUCGACCCUGCGAUAGAAAUCUCGUUGUUAACCUCAUCUCGCGAAGCGCUUCUUGAGCAAAAGAAGUCUGCAAGCGGAAGCAGAUACGACACGCUCGUGGUUGGAGCUGCCAUCUUCAAGAAUGGUGCCCAUCCUCAAGACGGUUCUGGCCCGAGGCUUCUGCUCCUGAAGCGAGCUGACCACGAGACAUUCUAUCCUGGCGUCUUUGAGAUUCCGGGCGGCAAGGUAGAGGCACAGGAUGCCACGGUCAAGCACGCCGUCGUUCGAGAGGUACUUGAAGAGACAGGGUUGGCCGUCAAGGCGUUUCUCACCGAACUGGUGCCGAUGCCGUACACCACGGUAAAGCAGGUUGAGGGACGGACUACCACGAAGCAGACUUUGCAGCUGAACUAUCUGAUCACCUGCUCGGAAGAUGAGGUCAAGUUGUGUGCAGAGGAGCAUUCUGAAUACAUCUGGGCUGCUGCUGGAGAUGUAGACGGCAUCAAGAUGACGGACGAGAUGAGGAGAGUGGUGUGUGAUGCUUUUGACAGGGCCAGCAAGCUGCUUCGGGACCGAUAA